CAUCGUUGCGAGCGACAAGUCAACCUGUUUCCGAAUGGUGGCCUUAGGAGGGAACAGCAUUGCACACUUUGCUAUAGAUAAGGCUUCCACGCAAAAUAAAUUCCAGCUCAGUUCAAAAAUAAACGCUAACCUAACCACAACUCAGAAACGGAUAAAAAUAAGCAACCUUAAGGAAGGGCAAAAUACUGCAAAGAAUGCAGUAGAUAAUUUUUAAGAAAGUGAAUUGUGCAGAACAUCUAAUAAAACAGUGUACAAAGGAAUUUGCAGACACCAUGAGUUUUGUGAUGAAACAAAUUUUGGUAUUUAUUCUAAUAUCGGGUGUGAUUAUAUCCGUGCCGGCUCAGCAAGAUAACUUCGAAUACUGUACCACUGUUGACGAUGAGGACGGAGAAUGCGUUGCUCUGAGCCGCUGUCCUGAGUUAUCAAUGACCAUGAAGAAAAUGAAUCCCAGAAUGGCACAGAGAAUGCUUCAGAAAUCAAAGAGAGCCUGUGAUAACUACGACAUGGACAAUGAUCCCGAGAUUUGUUGUAAAAAUCCCUUGGAGUUUCCGACCACCACAAAACCCACAGCAAUUGAGGAUAGGGCUGGUUUUAACGUUUGUCGUGGUCCCGACCAACGUCAAGGCUCUUGCGUGGAACUAAGGGAUUGCAAGUCAUUGUUGGAUGAACUGCAGCUGAAACAUGGAGAUCCGGCAUUUGCAAAUUAUCUGCGAGCUUCGAAUAAAAUAUGUGGAGGACAGAAUACAAUGGUGUGCUGUCCAAGUGGGGUUCUAACCACAUCCAACAGGGAUACGAACAGUGAUGCCAUACCACGAAGUUUGCCCACAGUUGAGGAUGGUUGUGGACGAAAUUCCAUAACACCAACAAAAAUUGUUGGUGGCCAGGAGAGCAAAGUGGGAGCAUGGCCGUGGAUGGCCUUAUUGGGCUACGAACCAUCGUCGUCAUCGCCCUUUAAAUGUGGUGGAAGUUUGGUAACAGCUCGUCACGUUAUUACCGCAGCCCAUUGUAUUAACAAUGCAUUGAAAUUUGUACGUUUGGGAGAACAUGAUUUGACAACAGAUACUGAAGCUCAACACGUCGACAUCAACAUUCAGCGGGCCGUCAAACAUCCCAAUUACGUGAAGAGGAGUGGCCACAGUGAUAUUGCCAUUUUGUAUUUGGAACGUAAUGUGGCCUUUACAAAAUCAAUCCUGCCCAUUUGCCUGCCCACAACGCCGGCGUUAAGGCAAAAGGACUAUGUUAGAUACAAUCCAUUUGUGGCCGGCUGGGGUAAAAAUCAUGAAAAUGGCACCGCCAGAAAUGUCCUCUACGAACUGCAAAUAAUGGUCUACACCAACGAUUUGUGCCGUCAGGAGUAUCAGAAACGUAACAUAUUGUUCAGUCAGAAUCAGUUUGAUAGUGCGGUUCUUUGUGCUGGCGUACUGACGGGUGGCAAGGAUUCGUGUCAGGGGGAUUCAGGUGGCCCCUUGAUGAUUCCAGAGAUUUACAAAAAUGUGGCGCAUUUCCAUUUGCUGGGCGUUAUUGCCUAUGGCAAUGGCUGUGGUCGUCCUGAAAUUCCUGCGGUAUAUACAAGCGUUCAAUAUUUUAUGGAUUGGAUAAUAGAGAGAAUUCAAGAUACUCAAUAAGAAGCGGAAGAAAAAAAGAGGAGAAAUUCCAACGUAAAAUAUUAGUAUUAAGGUUAUUAUUGUGUUGAGUAGUACCGUUAUAAUUAAGGAAGUUUCAUUUGAUUUAAUUUAUUUUUAAAUGCCAUAAAAUUGAAUGAUGAUAAUAUAUAACAAUAAUCUGUAUCCUUUAA